AUGACAAUAUCGAAAGAUUUCGAGUACAAAGAUGCCGACGGCGAGACCAUGAAGGGUGUCUUGCACUAUCCGAAAAAUAUUACUGGAAAGUUGCCAGCUGUUCUUGUUUUGCAUGCUUUUGGUGGCUGCGGUGAAUUCGAAAGCGGCAGAGCGGCGGCCCUUGCAAAUCUAGGAUUCGUUGCACUAGCUGCCGAUGUCUAUGGAAAAGGCAAGAAAGGUGGCACGGUGCAGGAAAACUUUGCCCUAAUGAAACCACUAGUUGCCGACAGAAUGGGUGUUCUCAAAAAACGUCUACUAGCAGCAGUUGAAGCCGUGCGCAGCUUACCUGAGGUGGAUCGGGAAAGAAUAGGUGCCAUCGGGUACUGCUUCGGUGGUCUAUGUGCCUUGGAUCUUGCACGUCACAAUGUCGGCUUGAAGGCAGCCGUCUCUUUCCAUGGAACCCUUACACCUAUCCCAGAUGUCGAACUGGUUCCAGUGACCGCAUCCAUUCAGGUACAUCAUGGAGAUGCCGACAUUCACAUACCGGCUACUGCGGUUAAUGACUUUAUGCAAGAAAUGAGAACGAGAAAAGCCGAUUGGUCAUUCACCUCUUACGGAAAUGCUGAACAUGGCUUCACGGAACCACAUAUCGGAGAACUUGGCGCACCUGGCGUUUCGUACAACAAGGAAGCAGACCGACGAUCAUGGGCUGCGACUGUUGCUUUUCUCAAGGAACGACUUGAACACUCAUAG